AUGAGUUCCACCAACACAAACAACGUCUACGUGCUAGGCGUCGGAAUGACCCAAUUCCUCAAGCCACGGCGCACGCGCGAAUACCCCGAACUCGGCUACGAAGCGGGCGUCAAGGCCAUGCUCGAUGCCCAGAUCACCUACGACGACGUGCAAACGGGGGUUGCGUGCUAUUGCUACGGAGACAGCACCUCCGGCCAGCGGGUCUUCUACCAGUUCGGCAUGACGGGCAUCCCCAUUUACAACACGAACAAUAACUGUGCGACGGGCUCGGCUGGUCUCCAUCUGGCGCGGACGCUGGUGAAGGGUGGCUCGGCGGACUGUGUGCUCGUCGUCGGGUUUGAGCAGAUGCGACCGGGGUCGAUUAAGAGUGUCUGGGAUGAUCGGCCCAGUGCGGUUGGGCCGUCGACGAGGCUGAUGGAGGAGGUGUAUGGCAAGGAUCCGGCGCCGAGGAAUGCGCAGUAUUUUGGGCAUGCGGGGAGGGAAUACAUGACUAAGUAUGGGGCGAAGGCCGAGGACUUUGCAGAGAUUGCCCGUAUCUCGCAUGAACAUUCACAAAGGAAUCCAUAUGCACAGUUCCGGACCCCGUACACCCUUGAGCAGAUCCAGAACUCGGGCACUAUCUUUGCCCCGUUGACAAAGUUGCAAUGCAGUCCGACCAGUGAUGGUGCCGCGGCCGCUGUCAUAGUCUCGCAGCGGUUCCUAGAUGCCAGACCCCAGCUCAAAUCCCAGGCCAUCCUCAUCGCUGGACAGCAGCUCCUGACAGACGGACCGGAGGUGUACUCGAGGAGUGCGAUCGAUCUGGUCGGCUUCCAGAUGAGCAAGCAGGCAGCCGAGCGCGCCAUGGCAGAAGCGGGCGUCACACCGAAAGAUGUCAAGGUGUGUGAACUGCACGACUGCUUUUCGUCAAACGAACUUCUACUUCUUGAUGCGCUUGGCUUCGCGGAGCCGGGUAAGGCCCAUGAGAUGGUUCGCCGCGGCGAUAUCACAUACGGUGGUCGCGGACCGGUCAUCAACCCUUCUGGUGGACUCAUUUCAAAGGGUCACCCCCUUGGAGCUACUGGCGUGGCGCAAUGUGCAGAACUCACUUGGCAGUUACGGGGGUGGGCUACCAACCGCUUGGUUAAGGGGACUGAUGUUGCUUUGCAACAUAAUCUGGGUCUUGGUGGUGCGGUCGUGGUGACCGUGUACAAGCGGGCUGACGGACAGAGUAAUCCAACUCUUUCGGAUGCAGAGGUCCGACAGAAGUCUGCGCUGGGCUACAAUCCGGCCGUGGAGGCGCGCUAUGUUAGCCCGGCAGACGGCGAGAAGGUACGGAGUCGGACUAAACGACAUGAGCAUCCUCUGAAGGAGACGGUGGGCACCCUGGCCGCACGUAUUUAG